AAAACGGGAGUCGGCUCUUUUCGUUCGCUUCAAAGAAUCACCUCUUAGAGCCGACUCAUUCGCGACCGACACAUAACUACCGCACAUACACACACUUAAAAUUAAACACAUUAAACCAUAUAAAGAUUUUUAAUAGAACACAGACGUGUCGUUCAUUUCUCAAACGACUGCUAUCGUACAAAAAAAUAAAACGCGCCAUUAUUUAAAAGAGCACAAUUCGAAAGUGAAAGCAACAGAGGGACCAAAACGGCGAACAAACAUAAAUCCAUGGUCUUUUUCUAAUCUUCAGUAAAUUCAGGAUUAUAAUAAUCAACACGAGCUGAUCUGAAGACAGUGUGGACAAAAUGAAGGGAACGUUGUUAUAUUCCAUCAUCACAUUUCUCUGCUUGAGGUGCAUAAAGGCUUCAGAACCUUUUGUUGUAAACUGUUCUGAGACUGUAAUCAUGGGGAAAUAUGGAUCCUCUGUGGUUCUCCCAUGUUGGCUCACCCCUAAGACUGAUGCAGAAACUUUGGAGAUUCGUUGGUACCGCCCCGACCAGUUCAAAAAUCCGAUAUUAUUUUACCAAAACCAUAAAGUCGUUGCAGAUUUUCAGGACAAUUACAAGAAUCGGAGUUCAUUCACCUUGAGCAGCCCUCAGUCUACUGGACUGAAACAGGGAGAUGUUUCCUUGAAGUUGGACAACCUUGCCUUGUCUGAUAUUGGAAUUUUUCACUGCUACGUGAGCGGAGACAAAUCAUACGAUAGCAAAACUGUGACGCUCAGUUUAACUGCUCUAGGCUCUCUGCCUCUCCUCUCUCUGGAGCACCAUGAGAACUCUGUGAACCUUAGCUGUACUUCCUCUGGAUGGUAUCCUCAACCAAGGCUCUUGUGGAAAUUUACCAAUAAAGGCGAUGUUCUUUCUGAGCUUCAAUCCCCCAUAUACACUAAACAAGAGAAUGGCCUGUUUUCCAUUUCUAGCUGGGUCCUCCUUUCGUCUUCUGUCUCUAACACCAUCAGCUGUUCUGUCGCUCUGUCAGAAGAGAAUAGGGAUGUGAGCGUUGAUUUAGGGCCGCGCCUGUCAGUUCAGAAUAGUGGAGUGUGGAAGAUUCUUUUUGUUGUGGCACUGUUAUGUGUAUUGGCUCUGAUCGGCAUUGGCCUCUUCCUCUACAAAAAUUACAAUGGAUAUCAGGGGGUUAAUAGAGGUAAUGAAUGUCAGAUGUCAGAUGAACAACCACAACAUUCCAACGACCAAAAACUGGUAAUUGGUCAACCUACAAACAUGGAGGACUUAAGGAAAGCAAAAGCGGCCAUCAGGUUCGAUGUGGAGAAUUGCAACAAAGACUACCUAAAAUUUAACACUCAAGGUGAUACUGUGAGAGAUGCUGAUGCUGCUGCUGCUGUGUAUAAAGGACCUGGUUUUCCUUAUGGAUUAUGUGUACAUGGAAGAGAGCGAUUCUGUUCCGGUCGUGUAUAUUGGGAAGUUGGAUUAAAACAAGCAAAUGUCCCACCCAAGAAGUCAUGGCUGAUUGGAGUCGCCAAAGCUUCAUAUACCUUAAGUGACAAACAUUAUGACAAGAGUUAUUUUACUCCUUCAAAUGGGUUUUGGUUUUUGUGCUUAGACCAAGAAAAUGGCCUCCAUGUUAACAGUGAGCCAGAAAUCUCACCUACGGUGAACACAACACUAGAGUCUGUUGGAGUUUUGCUCGAUUUUGACAAAAAGGAGCUUUCAUUUUACAGCGCUACAGAUGGCGUGCAUCUCCUUACAAUGAAAAUCGAUUUCAAAGAGGAAGUUGUGCCUCUAUUUAAUCCAGGAAUAGGAGAUAAUGCUCCACUACAAAUAAUCAACCCACAGGUUAAAUCUCAAAACGAGGCUGAAGUGAAUGCUAGAGUUUAGACUGUAGCUAUGUAUCAGUAGUGGAAAUGUUUGUCAUUUAAGUGUACAUAUUUUUGAAAGCUUUUCAGGUAUUGAUUUUUUAAGGUACAUUACGAAGUUAGAAAAAAGCGUAUGAUAUAAUCAUGUAGUCAUUAUGUUUGUUGUACAGUAUUUCAACUAAAAAAGUGCACAUUAUAUAAAUUGUGUUUGUGGAUAAAAAAGCUGGAGGACUCUUGUUCCCAAAUUUAAGACUCCAAAUGUAAGACUUGUCAAUGGUAAAAUCUAAAUGUUUUUUAUUGUAUAUGUAUUUUAUUUUUUAUCAUCAUCAGCAGAAAAACAACCAUAACUGACAAUUACGUUCCCUAAAUAAGUAUAUAGUAAAAUGUUUACUGAUGGGUACUGAUAGUGAACGUGCAGAGACAUUAUUUCUAAUUUGCAUAUAUAUUUAUUCAAUUUAUGAUUGUAUUUACACCACCAAAUGAAAAUGUUUGAGGCAGCCUUAAAAGUUUUUAUGGGCGUCAAGAAACAGCGCAGUUAUUUGCAUUUUUUUCUGCAUUUAAUAUGUUGGAAUGCUGAUGUACAAAUACUUACAAAAAUACCUUGAUUGACUAACUAUAUUAUGUAUAUAGUUUUUUUUUUGUUUGUUUGUUUUUUUUAAAUAAAAACAGUCGUCUUUGAACAAA